GCAGGCUAUGUUUCUUCCUACUACAUCCCCCGUCAAAAUGGAAAGCUAAAAGGUUCCUCUGUUAGUUUCCUUUCAUGUGCUUCUGUUUCUGUUCAUCUUCAAUAUUCUUUAGCUCACAAAUAUCUCCUUACUUGAUUGAUUUCUUCGACCUCUCUAUCCUUUCUACCUUAUCCAUUGCCAUGGAUGGGAUAUGCUGAUGGUGGAUAGAGAAGGUAGAAUACAAGAUCAGAGAUUACAAAUCGGUUCGAUUACAAUGAGCAGAAAGAGAAGGUUGCUUCUCAACGUUGAAGAUGCAGCUAUUGACUUCUUCAACUAUCUCCACGAGGAGAAGCCCCAGAUUCUUGUCUUCAUUCCUCUGCUUUUGGUUGCCUGGGUUAUUGAGAGAUGGGCAUUCUCUUUGUCCAAUUGGGUUCCGCUUGCUCUAGCUGUGUGGCUAACCAUUCAGUAUGGGAACUAUCAACGCAAACAACUUGUGGAGGACUUAAAUAAGAGAUGGAAUCGAGUCGUAUUGAACAUCUCGCCCUCGACACCAUUGGAGCACUGUGAGUGGCUGAAUAAACUAUUGACAGAAGUUUGGUCCAAUUAUUUAAACCCAAAGCUUUCAAGAAGGUUAUCAGAUAUAGUUGAGAAACGUUUAAAGCUGAGAAAACCAAAACUUAUAGAAAGGGUUGAGCUUCAGGAGUUUUCACUUGGAUCUGGCCCUCCUUGCUUGGGUCUACAAGGGAUGCAAUGGUUAACUAUUGGUGAUCAGCCAGUCCUUAGACUGGGCUUUGAUUGGGACACAAAUGAAAUGAGUAUUUUGAUGUUUGCUAAGCUGGCUAAGCCUUUGAUGGGAACUGCUAGGAUCGUGGUCAACAGUCUUCAUAUCAAGGGUGAUCUCCUAAUUACCCCAAUUCUAGAUGGUAAAGCACUUUUAUAUUCAUUCGUAUCAACUCCUGAGGUGAGAAUAGGAGUUGCCUUUGGAAGUGGUGGAAGCCAGUCACUACCUGCUACUGUGUUGCCUGGUGUUUCUUCUUGGCUGGUUAAACUUUUUACUGAUACCUUGGUGAAAACAAUGGUGGAACCUCGCCGCCGUUGUAUCUCCUUGCCUGCAGCCGACUUAGGAAAAAAGGCUGUUGGAGGCAUUAUAUAUGUCAGGGUGAUUUCAGCAAACAAACUUUCUAGGAGUUGCUUCAAGGGAAGCCCUUCCAGGAAGCAAACAAAUGGUACAUCCAAUAGCUCUUCAGACAGCAGCUCUGAUGACAAGGAUCUACAGACAUUUGUAGAGGUAGAACUUGAGGAAUUAACCAGAAGAACAGAUGUGAGACUGGGCUCAACUCCUCGCUGGGAUGCAACAUUUAAUAUGGUCUUGCAUGAUAAUGCAGGAAUUGUUCGUUUCAAUCUUCAUGAGCGUCCUCCUGGCAGUGUGAAGUAUGACUACCUAGCAAGUUGUGAAAUCAAGAUGAGACAUGUUGAAGAUGAUUCAACAAUAAUGUGGGCAAUAGGACCUGGUUCUGUUAUCAUUGCAAAACAUGCAAUGUUCUGUGGAGAUGAAGUUGAAAUGACUGUCCCAUUUGAGGGGGCCAAUUCAGGAGAGUUAAAAGUGAGCAUUGUAGUGAAAGAGUGGCAAUUAUCUGAUGGUUCGCAUAGCUUGAACAACUUACGAAUCAGCUCUCAGCAAUCACUUUAUGGUUCAUCAAAUCUUCAAGUAAGGACUGGAAGAAAACUUAGCAUAACUGUUGUGGAAGGAAAGGAUUUUGCUGCAAAAGACAAAUCUGGAAAAUUUGAUUCAUACGUAAAAUUGCAGUAUGGAAAGGUUGUCCAUAGAACAAGGACGGCUCUUACCUCAAAUCCUGUGUGGAACCACACCUUUGAAUUUGAUGAGAUUGGUGAUGGUGAAUAUCUAAAACUGAAAUGCUUUAACGAAGAUACUUUCGGAGAUGAAAACAUUGGCAGUGCCACUGUAAAUUUGGAAGGACUGGUGGAAAGGUCAAUCAAGGAUGUAUGGAUUCCUCUUGAAAGAGUUAGUUCUGGAGAAUUAAGACUUCAAAUAGAAGCAGUUAGGGUGGACGAUCAAGAUGGAUCGCGGGGUUCAGCUUUGGGCUCAAGCAAUGGUUGGAUUGAGCUUGUUCUGAUUGAAGGAAGGGAUCUUAUUGCGGCUGAUCUCAGAGGCACAAGUGAUCCAUAUGUGAGGGUGCAAUAUGGAAACCUGAGGAAAAGGACAAAGGUCAUACCCAGAACUCUUAACCCUAAAUGGAACCAGACCUUAGAGUUUCCUAAUGAUGGAAGUCCCCUAUAUCUGUACGUUAAGGACCAUAAUGCUUUACUACCCACAUCAAGUAUAGGUGAAUGUGCAGUCGAAUACCAAAUGUUGCCUCCAAACCAGAUGGCUGAUAAGUGGAUACCUCUUCAAGGGGUCAAGAAGGGAGAGAUCCACAUCCAAAUUACCAGGAAAGUCCCAGAGAUGCAAAGGAGACCUAGUCUAGAUGCGGAACCUUCCUUGAGUCAUUUACACCAAAUUCCUGCCCAGAUCAAAGAGACGUUGGUAAAGUUUCGGUCCAUGAUAGAGGAUGGGAAUAUUGAGGGACUUUCUACAACUUUGAGUGACCUUGAAACGCUAGAGGAUACACAGGAAGCCUAUAUAGGCCAGCUGGAGACAGAGCAAAUGCUACUUCUCAGCAAAGUAAAGGAACUAGGCCAGGAGAUCAUUAAUUCUUCUCCUUCUAUGACCAGAAGAUCCACUAUAAACUGACCACCUUCUACUUCCCUUUGAAGCAAGUUCUUUCCAACGUUUAAUGUUGCUGUAUGGUAACUAGGAGUGAUAAAUUUUGUAAAUGUUUCUCACACUAGCAGCGACUCUUAUAGUUGCCCAUCAUUAAAAUAAAUUAUUAAACUUUGAACUAUUUGUAUUCAAAUGCUGUAAAUGUAAAGCAACGGAUUAUUUAGUUGAUGCAUAUUCCUAUUCUCACAAGCCGCUGUAAAUAAUUUCACUUAGGCUUGUGAGUCGGUCAGUCCAUCAAUGAACUAUGUUAAAUUGAAAAGUGUGUGUAAAUAUAAAUUUGAAAUCGAUCUAUC